UUCCCUCUGACCCUUUCGCCCUAUCACAUUCACUUCUUCAACAUAUCAAUUCUCCGAUUCAAUUCAUCAUUCACGUUGGUGACGAAUUACCUAGCACGGGCAUUCAUAUUCGCCGAUUCCCUUUUGCGUUCGGCCACACGAACUUUUUGCAAUCUGAGUUGGAACGACGAAACUGAAGGUGGAUUAAUUUUGUCUUCGGAAGAGAGAGAUAUGUAA